AUCUUCCUAGAGAGAGCAGAGCCCCUUCAGAGCACCCCCCGGGGUCCUAGAAGUCCCCUGGGAUGGGGGCAGAAUGGAAAGGAGUGUCUUUCAAAGUUGAUCUCCAAGCCUCUGGAGGACCCAGGGACACCCCUCCCUGGGCCCCUCUUUAACUUCCCGGAGCUCUCAGUGGAAGGCCUUCAACCACCAGGCCUCUGGGCUGCACGGUGGGGUGGUUCCGUGGCAGGCUCUUCUGGACAGCCAGCCAAGCAGCGAGAGGCCCAGCUGGGGGAGACAGCCUGGGAGCAGGACCAGGAAGGAGGGAGUGAGCAUGGGAGGGGCGCUGGGUGGGAUCUUAGCCUGGCCCCCGUGGGGCAGGACCCACUGCCAACUCAGCACCCACUGCAGGGCCCUGGUGCUCUGGGCGCAAGGGACAGCAAGCCAGGGCCGGCCAAGAGGAGACUGCAUGUCAGAAGUCCCUGCAGGAAGUUCCUCGAGCCCAGCCGUCCUGCCGGAGAAGCUCGUCCGCAGAUGUUGUUUCUAAGGACUGUGCUCUGUCUACGGCACCUCCUGCAUGUCCUGCUGCCCUGAGCUGUCCCGAAUUAGGUGACAGCGUGUCACGCUGCCACCAUGAACGAGGUGUCUGUCAUCAAAGAAGGCUGGCUCCACAAGCGUGGUGAAUACAUCAAGACCUGGAGGCCCCGGUACUUCCUGCUAAAGAGUGACGGCUCCUUCAUUGGAUAUAAGGAAAGGCCCGAGGCCCCCGACCAGACCUUACCCCCCUUAAACAACUUCUCUGUAGCAGAAUGUCAGCUGAUGAAGACCGAGAGGCCUCGACCCAACACCUUUGUCAUACGCUGCCUGCAGUGGACCACAGUCAUCGAGAGGACCUUCCAUGUAGACUCCCCAGAUGAGAGGGAGGAGUGGAUGAGGGCCAUCCAGAUGGUUGCCAACAGCCUCAAGCAGCGGGGCCCAGGUGAGGACCCCAUGGACUACAAGUGUGGCUCUCCCAGUGACUCUUCUGCAGCUGAGGAGAUGGAAGUGGCGGUCAGCAAGGCACGGGCCAAAGUGACUAUGAAUGACUUCGACUAUCUCAAACUCCUCGGCAAGGGAACCUUUGGCAAAGUCAUCUUGGUGCGGGAGAAGGCCACUGGCCGCUACUACGCCAUGAAGAUCCUGCGGAAGGAGGUUAUCAUUGCCAAGGAUGAAGUUGCUCACACAGUCACUGAGAGCCGGGUCCUCCAGAACACCAGACACCCGUUCCUCACUGCCCUGAAGUAUGCCUUCCAGACCCAUGACCGCCUGUGCUUUGUGAUGGAGUAUGCCAACGGUGGAGAGCUAUUCUUCCACCUGUCCCGGGAGCGCGUCUUUACAGAAGAGCGGGCCCGGUUUUAUGGUGCAGAGAUUGUCUCAGCUCUUGAGUACUUACACUCACGGGACGUGGUGUACCGUGACAUCAAGCUGGAAAACCUCAUGUUGGACAAAGAUGGCCACAUCAAGAUCACUGACUUUGGUCUGUGCAAAGAGGGCAUCAGUGACGGGGCCACCAUGAAAACCUUCUGUGGGACCCCGGAGUACCUGGCGCCUGAGGUGUUGGAGGACAACGACUAUGGCCGGGCGGUGGACUGGUGGGGACUGGGUGUGGUCAUGUACGAGAUGAUGUGUGGCCGCCUGCCCUUCUACAAUCAGGACCAUGAGCGCCUCUUCGAGCUCAUCCUCAUGGAGGAGAUCCGCUUCCCACGCACGCUCAGCCCCGAGGCCAAGUCCCUGCUUGCUGGGCUGCUCAAGAAGGACCCCAAGCAGAGGCUUGGUGGGGGGCCCAGCGAUGCCAAGGAGGUCAUGGAGCACAGGUUCUUCCUCAGCAUCAACUGGCAGGACGUGGUACAAAAGAAGCUCCUGCCACCCUUCAAACCUCAGGUCACAUCCGAGGUCGACACAAGGUACUUCGAUGAUGAAUUCACCGCCCAGUCUAUCACAAUCACACCCCCGGACCGCUAUGACAGCCUGGGCUCGCUGGAGCUGGACCAGCGGACCCACUUCCCCCAGUUCUCCUACUCAGCCAGCAUCCGCGAGUGAGCACUCUGCCUGCUGCCCCAGGACGCACGCACGGCUGCCAUCGCCUGGGUGGCUUUUUAAAGACUUUUAAUUUACCUUUUGGUUUGUAUCCCCACCCCCGUACACCUCCCAGCCCCAUUUCCAGUUCUUCAGUACUCCCAGCCUCGCCCAGCAGUCCCAGCAGCCCCUGCCUCCAGCCUCACCUUUGUGCCAGACUAGUAUUUGGGAGACUCACCUGCCCCAGGACCGGGCUGUCGGGUGGCUGGAGAGACCCAGGUUUUAAUCCACACAAGCCCCAGUGAGGGGUGA